GGUUAGGUUGAGGUGCGGAUCCUUUCGUUGUGUUGAGGCGAGGCAGCUUUAACCCGCUGUCAUUUGUAUCUCGGCACCAAGGCAGCGCCGAAUAAAUGUGACACCCGGAGAAUUUGCGGUUGAGGCGAACGACUGGGCUUGACCCGGCGCCCUUCCGCAGCCGGAGCUGGCUUCCCCGACACACGAUGACAAGUGUAAUCGCCAUGUUUUCCCGAAGUAUCAGUGCUGUGAGGCUGUGGGUGUGUUGUGCUGUCCUGACACAAGUCUGAUGGAGAAAGGGACCAGGCUUUUGGAGGCAUCGUAGGCAUUUUUAAAAAUCAUCUUCUCGGCCUCAAGCUCUGUGACAUGCGCCUUGCCCGAUCACGCAGCCCUAUUUCGGCGCUCAGGGAAUCAGGUGUUUUAAACGGCUGCCUCCCCUAGCAAUGCACGAGAUUUUCUGUAAUCAGGAACGUUUUGACACUCCCUUGUCCCCUCCGAAAAAAAACACCGUUCUAGAUUUUGCACCCUGUGACCCAGAUGAAGGGAGAUGGGAAGGAGACCUGGUCCAAACCUUGGUCAGUGCCACUUUGUAAUCAGCCCCAGCUGUCUAAAUCUUUGACAGUACAAUAGCGUUAUGCUAGUCAACCAUUAGCACUGAAACAGAACCCAGACCAACUUUCAAAAUGCCUGUGCAAGCAUCACAGUGGACAGAAUUCCUCUCCUGUCCCAUCUGCUACAAUGAAUUUGAUGAGAACGUACACAAACCCAUCAGCUUGGGCUGUGGACAUACUGUGUGUAAAACUUGCCUGAACAAACUACAUCGUAAAGCAUGUCCCUUUGACCAGACUGCCAUUAACACAGACAUCGAUGUUCUUCCUGUGAAUUUUGCGCUUCUGCAGUUAGUCGGUGCACAGGUCCCAGACCAACAAACUGUGAACCUGAGUAACUUGACUGAAAAUAAACAUUAUGAGGUUGCAAAGAAGUGUGUGGAAGAGUUAGCACUCUACUUGAAACCUCUUAGUGGAGGAAAGGGUGUUGCAAGUUUAAACCAGAGUGCACUGAGUCGACCAAUGCAACGAAAACUGGUUACCUUGGUUAACUGUCAAUUAGUAGAGGAGGAAGGUCGUGUUCGAGCAAUGCGGGCAGCAAGAUCACUUGGAGAAAGGACAGUUACUGAGCUCAUUCUGCAGCAUCAGAAUCCCCAGCAGUUAUCGGCCAAUUUGUGGGCAGCAGUGAGAGCCAGAGGUUGUCAAUUUUUGGGACCAGCCAUGCAGGAAGAAGCUCUUAAAUUGGUUUUACUUGCAUUGGAAGAUGGGUCAGCACUCUCUCGGAAAGUGUUGGUUCUUUUUGUUGUUCAGAGGCUUGAACCUCGAUUUCCUCAGGCAUCUAAAACUAGUAUUGGUCAUGUGGUACAACUCUUGUACCGUGCUUCAUGCUUUAAGGUUACUAAAAGGGAUGAAGACUCUUCUCUGAUGCAACUGAAAGAAGAGUUUCGUACUUAUGAAGCUUUGCGCAGGGAGCAUGAUGCACAGAUUGUUCAUAUUGCCAUGGAGGCUGGGCUUCGAAUUUCUCCUGAGCAAUGGUCUUCUCUCUUGUAUGGAGAUUUGGCACAUAAAUCACAUAUGCAGUCCAUCAUUGAUAAACUCCAAUCCCCAGAAUCUUUUGCAAAGAGUGUCCAGGAAUUGACUAUUGUCCUGCAACGGACAACAGAUCCAGCUAAUCUGAACCGACUCCGAUCCCAUCUUGAACUUCUGGCUAAUAUUGAUCCUAACCCAGAUGCAGCACCUCCAACAUGGGAGCAACUAGAGAAUGCAAUGGUAGCUGUAAGGACUGUAGUCCAUGGACUUGUGGAUUUCAUCCAGAACUUCAGUAAAAAAGGCCAUGAAACACCACAACCACAGCCAAACAGCAAGUAUAAGACCAGCAUGUGCCGAGAUCUUCGACAACAGGGUGGUUGUCCUCGUGGAGCUAACUGUACCUUUGCUCACUCCCAAGAAGAGUUGGAAAAAUAUCGGAUGCGGAAUAAGAAGAUUAAUGCUACUGUCAGGCCUUUCCCUCUGUCCCAAGCUCUUCAGAACAAAGUUGGAAUCACUAAUAUAAUCACAACAUCUGCAGGAAACGUAGUUUCUAUGACAGGAUCUACUGAAACCACUGUGAAAAUGGUGCAGACGCCAAAUGGGAUAAUUAGUCCAGAAAGUACUCCACAGCUAAUACCACGCUGUGCAGAUACCUCAGCUGCUUUAGAAACUGCUAAGAAAAUUGGACAAAAUUGCCUGAGUACAUCUGGAUCACUAUCUGGUUCACCACCAGAAAAACUGUACAUUUAUUUUUACAGUAAAGUUGGCUCACCUCCCAAGACCAUUCUCAACCAGGUGCUCGCUACCCCAGCUGUAGUAUCAUCGCAUAUAGGGUCAGAUGCAACAUCCCUACCAUCAUCAAAAUCUGUGUCAAGGGUGUCUGUAUACCCAUCCCAACAGCCUGAUUUGUAUUAUCCGGACCCCAGGACACCAGUUUCAUAUGAACUGACUGCUUAUCAUCAGCCAGGAGGGUAUUAUCCUCCACAUCCUGGUCUACCAUCUGGUGUAUCUCCUUGCCUUCCUCGUUAUGUACGGCCCAACAGUAUGCCAGAAUCCCCACUUCCACCCACUGUGCCAUACACUGACCACUACAAUGCAUAUCCAUCUCGGGAUCGUCUAGCCUCUUCUCCUUAUCCAUCAGCAACUCCUCAACAGUAUGGUUCAGUCCCAGCAGUGCAUUCUGGAAUGUAUGCACCAGUCUAUGAUAGCAGACGCAUGUGGAGGCCGCAGAUGUAUCCACGGGAUGAUGUUGUGCGGAGUAAUUCUUUACCUCCUAUGGAAAUGGUGCCUUCAGCUGCCUACCAUCCGCCACCACGAGAAAGAUACAGUUCACUUGAUGGAUAUUAUUCAAUGGCUGGACAGCCAGCAAAUGAACAAAGAAGCGUCAGCAUGCAGAAGGAUGUAUACAGCCGAAUGCAGCAACCAGGCUUUGAUGACCUGUUGAGACGGAAACCGGACCAGUGGACUCACUGUUCAACCCAGAAGCCACCUCUUGUCUCUUCUGCUCUGUCCACAGUCACCCAGCCCUCUGAUCCUCCAUCCCCCUUGUUCAGUGUAGACUUCAACUCUGAGCAGUUCUCUGAGAAUACAAGUGAUUUGUGCGUGGGCACUAAAUUCGAUGAUGACAGCAUAUCCCAUUAUUCUCCAUGGUCCUGUGGGACCAUCAGCUCUUGCAUUAGUGCAAUGGAAUCUGAUCCAAAAGACAUCAUGGCAACCACCAGUGUUGAAGUAAUGGACCUUAAUGUGAAACGCCGGCUAAAUCUGUUUGAUUCUCAGAGAAGGGCAAAGGAUGAAGAUCCCAUAAUUCCAUUUGGUGACGGACCAAUCAUCUCUAAGUGGGGUGCAAUUUCCAGGUCUGCCCGUACAGGUUAUCAUAAUACUGACCCAGUCCAGGCUACAGCUUCCCAAGGAAGUGCUACAAAGCCAAUUAGUAUAACAGACUAUAGUCCACAUGUCAGCCAUGCAGAUUCUAGUAAUUGGAAUUCCCACGUCCUUUCCUAUGGAUCGAAUUCUACUACUGGCCAAUACUUAAACAGAUGCGAUGAGAGCUUUAUGAGCUCAGUGUCUCGUUUCAAAACUGUUGUACUGUACAAAACGUUGACUUCAGAGGACAGAUUGCGAAUAAUUGACCUGCCUGGUCACAGGAAACUUUCUAAUGGUGGAGAUCAGUUGAAUGUUGAAAUGCAACAGAGGGAAUUUUCAGAAGUUUCUGCAGAUGCAAGACCUGAUCGAGAUAUAGAACUGGAGCUUUCUGCUUUAGAUACUGAUGCCGAUCAAGAUGAGGGUUUAGAGGAUGUCCUGGAUUUGGGUAUUGGCUCCCAGAGUGAUCGGACCAAUGAUAUAAUGUCUGAAAAUGGUCACCACCAUAAACACCAGGGUCAAGAGCAGGAGGAGCAGGGCCGGAGAAUAGCAGAGCAAAUUGCUAUCACGGAGGAACAGAAGAUGAUACCAAUAACCUCUGGCUUUAACCAGCCCACUACAGCUUCUGUUGGCUACGUCACCUCCCCGCCUAUGACUGCUUCCUUCAGCAUUAGUAAUUUAGUACUGAAAACAUCUGCAGUAAAGUUAUCAGAAGAUAAUGACGUGAAACCUGCAACUAAUGGCGAGACUCUAGUCAAUGGAAGCUGAAAUGUUUUGUGCUUGCACCAACAUUCAAAAGCAAUUAAUUUUGCUUUCUUUAUUAUAUAAUAUAAUAUAAUAUAAUAUAUAACACAUGAAUUUGUAUAUAUGUGUGUAUGUUAUAUUAUGUACUUUUUUAAAAGAACAGUAUGGGGGCACCAGAUUCCUGUGGACAUUUUUGAUACUUCAAAAGCCCUCCUGAAUUAACCAUUUUGACAAAAUUUAACUUUAGCCAGAUAGAUAAUUCAAAUUCCCAGUGAAUCUUGGAAUUUGGACAUCAUUCUACUAAAGCAUUCUACUAAAUGCUUUAAAGCAGUCUUUUAUGAGUCUGUUGUGAGCCAGUGCAGUAACUUAGUCAUUCUUAUUCACAAUGGCUAAUGUGGAACGUAAACAACUCAGUUGUUAACCAGCAGAGCCUUGCAGUCACACAUCUGGUGGAAGCUAACUAUGACUUUACCUCCUCUUCUAUUUCUUUUAUAUGUUUUUUGCGUACAAUUCACAAAUUGUAAGAAGAUAAUGGCUUGGAAAACUGUAUUUUUGAGCUGUUAUGGUAAGAUUUAGUUUCACGGCAUUGUUGCACUUUUUAUAGGAAACUUGUUUUGUUAACUGGUGGAAGGAGUGUACUUUUCACUUUUUAAAAAAAAAUGCAUAAUUAGAGUUUCAAAAUACAGUUUGCCAACAGAUUCCAUAGCAAAUAAGUUAAAAUAAGAUGGUAAAAUUGAAAAAUACCUUUUGCUAUCUGUUUAAACAAAUAUAUAGGGCAAACAUUAAGUGGGGUGGAAUCACUAAAACAUUGUGCCAUUACCACUUAUUAUCUAAUAAGGUGUGCCUCAAGAAAAAAAAUGAAAUUAUCCUGUCAGAUUGACCAUUAGUUAAGAUAGCGUAUUAACAAAAAAUAUGGUGUUAAUAACAAAAUAAAUAACAGAAAAUUGGAAAUACUUGGGUCAAGCAGCAACUGUGAGAGAGAAACAUUCACUGAUUUGAAAUGUUAUUUUCUAUACGCAAAUGCUUCUUGGUCUGAUUUUAGUAUUCCCAACAUUUUCAAUUUAUAAUUUGGAUUUCCAGAAUUCACAUAUUUCACCCCCCCCCCCUCCCAGGCUUGGUUUGCAACAUGUUUUCACUUUCUUUGGUCCAAUAAUUUCAGGCUAAACAGCAAUUUUUUGCAGAAAAUCAAUUCAUAUAUCCCAUGAAGAAGAAUUUCUGUCAGUUUUGGUGUGCCUUUGAUAGAAAUUUAGCCUGUGGCAUUCUAUUAUAGGUGGAUUUGUAGCAUCAAAGACCUGCUCCAUUGCCUAUUUUGUUGGGUGUAGUAAUGAGCUUAAGGACCAGAUAGAGAAUAUUUAAAAAGACUAACUGCCUUCUACCCUCCUAAAAACACCAAAGGCAAAAAUUUCAAAUAGCUCAAAUUUGAACACUUGCUUCAAAAAAUGCCUUGUCUCAUCCUUGAAUCUACCAUUCAUGGUAAAGACUUUAAUUAGAUUUUUUUAUGUACCUACGAUAGUGAAAUGUCUUUUAAUGGAAAUAAACUUAUUUGUCAUCCUAAAUUACAUGAACGUGCAAUGCUAAUUGGUUUACAUAAAAUGCUGCUUUGAUCAUAGCUAUGUUCAAAAUAUUUGGCUAUUUUGAGGUUUCUUAUUUUUAUGAACCAUUAUAUUUGUAUAUAAAGUACAGAAUGAAAACUGUAUUUUGGAACUCCUGCAUUGUGUGGUGUUUGCACUGAAUGAUAAGCCAGUUUCUACUGGUCUUUUUUCUACCCUGUCUAUUUUAAGAAUUUCUGAUGGUUUCUCUGUAUUUACUGCAACAUAUAAUGUUCAUCCAUUAUGAAGCAAGGCCCCAAAAGUACUGUAAUAAAUUUGAACAGUCCAAAGUCGUAUCUGACAGUCCAGUUUAAAACAGCCGUCUUCAAUUUAAUCAAACUCAAGGAAAUGCCAAGAAUCUCAGUAGUUUUAUUUGAUAAAAAUAGUAAUGGUCAUAAUCAUGGUGACACUUUUUAGUUAAUUCAAGGUACAAUUUAAGUUUGCCAUUGCACGCAUGGUUAAUGUACUCUAGGAGACUGGUAGAUUUACUUAUAAUGUAGUUGGGCAUUGAAAGUAAAAGUAUUUAAAAUUUGUUUACAAAACAUCUAUAAUUGUGAUAUUUACAGAUGUGUUUAGUUUAACUGUGUAACCUUUUCUCAGUUUUACGUAAAAGUAAUUAGGGCUAAGCUUUCUGGCUCUUUAUCAUUUACAACUCGAUCACUUCGGGAAGUUCUGAGUUAGCCCUUUUGAGAAUUAAAGAAGUAGCUUUGUUUUCGUAGCUUAGAACAGCAGUUGGAGGAGCAAUAACUGUAUCCAUUCAUUAAAAAAAUCAAAAAUUUUAACUGUCUUAGUCUGUACUGUAACAUUCUGUUGAUCCCAAGUCUGUAUUCAGCUUAUUUUAUAAUGGGCAGUAUUUUGGAUCAAACAAUACAAAGUAAUAGAACUCUAUCAAUAAUUCCCUUUUUUAAAGUAAGCGACUGUUGCAUGCACGUAAUUUCUGUUCUGUAGGUAUGCCAUUUGCCAAUUAUUCUAGAUUUAACAGUACCUUCCAGUCUCUAUCUCUAUGGUCCUACUGUUUUAAUUUUGCAUUUUUUAUGUUUUGAUGACUUCUGUGAAGUUGAUUGUUCUGAAAAUCGUACUGGGAUAUUUUAAACCAAGCACGACUUUCACCAGGUGGCUGCAAAGGAGGUGUUCUGCUGGUAAACAACUUCUGCAAGAUCAUGUUAUUGGUCGUCCGAGUUGUUAAACUGAUACACAAUACCACAACAAAGUGUCAGAAUUUUUAAAACAGUUUUGUGCACUUCCCUGAGGGUUGAACUUUUUUUUUCCUGGAGGAUAUUUGCACAGAGUGAUAAGGCAGUUUGCUGCUUGAUGUUUAUAAUUGCAUUAGGCAGUAUCAUGAAAUCUCUUCCUAUUUAUAAUAGGAUUUAUUUAGGUUUUUGUAAUGAAGGAGUGAUAUUGUACAUUUUAAAUUUUUGUGGGCCUCCUACUCAGUAUCAUAUACCGAAGCUUAUAGUUACUGAGAUCUAUGCACCUAUUGUAGUCUGAAGUUAUCAGUCUUUGCGUGUUUACAUGGUCUUUAGUCCAUAUCUCUGAACUUGUACACAUGGAAAUCUUUUUUAAAAUCUGGAUACUAGUAUUGACAGCCACUAGUAAGCAACCUAAAGCUAAACUAACUGAAGACCAUUUUACAAACUCUUCUUUUGCAGUAAUUUAAUUUUCAACCAAAGCUGCUCUUAACAAUAUAGAUUUCAGAGUAAACCAAAACAUGCACCAAUGCUUUACGCACAUGGUGUUAGACAUUAAGAUAAGUAGCAUAGGAACAAUAUUUAAUGUAAAUUUUAUGUAAAAGUACAUAAUGUUUUCAAGUGAUGUGUACUGUAGGUUCUAUCUAAAAUUUCCAGUUUUAUUUCAGCUUUCCAAUUACAUUAUUAAUAAUCUGGAAGACUUUAAAGAUCUCCAUAAUUCAAAUAUUCAAUAAUCACCAGAGUUGCACACAGUUCUGAUUAUUGCUUAUGAAUGUGUUAAUUAUAAAUGGAAUUUGCUGUAUUGCUGUAACAAAUGAAUGCCUAUUUGAGCAUAUCUAUCUAUUUUUCACAAAUCAUAACAUUUAUAAGUGUCCACUGCUUUCUUGUUGGCCAUGCAACAAGCAAGCCGUAGGUAUUGGGGAAGAAAAAGUCAAGCUCAAGUCCUUAACAGACUUUAAAGUAGGAACAGGGGUUGUUGAAUUUUGUUUUCUUAUCCUUGCAUGAGUUAUAUUGAUCCACACCCUGCAAGAAUUACUAAGCUUUGGAUCAAAACCGUCAGACUGGAAUGUAGAAUAUUUCAGAAAAAUUUGUACAUUGGGUGCUGCUGCAGUACUUAUUCCCUGCCACUGUGGGGUCUCAGUGAAUUGUGUAUAGUUGCUUUCUCCCUCUAGUGGUACAAAAUAGACUCUGUGAAUCAAUUUUACAGAGACAACAACUAAUUUUCAGAAGUAACCCACACUACCCUGUCCCCCAACAAUGGAAAAAAAACCUUUUUAGAGAUCUGUUUAUUGAUGCUUGAAUUGAAGAAAGUAAAUUAUAACUAACUAUCUUGAGGAUGUUUUGUACUACUUGAACAUGACCAACAUAUUUCAGGAGUCUAGGAGUAUCAGAAUAACCCUCCAAAAAUAGAUUGCAGCCCUCGGGGAAAUGACUGCCCUCUGUGCUACAAAACUCCAAAUAGCAUCUUCAGUGCUUUCUGAGGGUGAAUAUUAUAUUACAUAAAUUAAUCUUGUGUAUGUACCUUUUUAUUUUAAAAUUGCAUUCUUUAAAAAACUUGGUUGUGCUCUGCUGGAGGGGGAUUGGGGAAACUGGUUGCUUUUUUACAACUGAUGCACGUUAACAAUGGUAACGUAUCAUCAUUUUAAGAAUCGGUCAACUUUUUUAAAAAUUUAAACUUUUAAAUGGAAUCCAUUCCUGUGCAGUUGUUGUGCUGCAUGGACCCAAGAUGCAUUACAUCAGAAUUAGGUCACCUGCACAUAUCCCAUAAACCCAUCCAGUGAAGGCCUCAGUUAAUCAAAGGCAUGGAAAUGCAUGCAGUUCCUUAGCUGGGCAGGAGAAGUACAUUAUACUGUAGUUGUGAUACAACACACAUGGUUCUUAUUUGUACUACACACGCCCACUGUACAGCCACUUGAAGCGUUGUGAUUAGCUUGCAGCGUUUGCUGUCUGCAUUUAUGCCGUUUUGCAUAUUCUUUUCCCUGAAAGUUAUGAAAAAAUGUUUUGCUGCAAAAAUAAAAUCUUUAGAAAAUUGCUUAGCUGGAAAAGUUGGGAAAAGAGGCCUGUUUUGUCAAUUGUACAACAGAUUGUGGAGCUCAAGUGUGAAUAUUUUACGUCUGUAUUAGACAUUUUCUUUGCAAAUCUAUUGUUCGAUUGAAAUGUAAAUGAAAUUAAAGAUGGUACACAUCCGUCAUGUAUAAAGGAGGCACCAUCAAUAAGAUGGAUUUAAUGGUCAUUUUUACUACACCUACUUGGCUUAUAUUUAAAAUGUAUAAUUUUUUUUAAGUGCUUUGUUAAUUAAAUAGGGAAUAAAUUUUAUUCCAUUUGUUAAUUUCAAUUUGACUUCCAAAUUGUUGGUAAUCUGUUACCUUUUGUUUUAGGAGUAGAAUGGAAUAUGAAUGCUAGGCCAUUUAGGUCUGUAUUGAUUAGUUUGUGAUACUGAAUAGCAAAGAUUUAAUUCUUUGUGUACAAAACCUUGUUUGCUGUAGCACUGAAUUGAAGAGCUAAUAGCUUGGGCUGUACACUAGAAUAGAGUAUCAUGAAUUUCGGUGUUUGAAAGAUGAUUGGGACAGUUUGCAGUACUUGAAAUGUAUUUGCAUGCAUAACAAUAAAGUUAUUGUCAAUUAAAAUCUUCCUUAUUGCUAA